AUGCCACCUAAGAAGAAGAGGCGCACAAAUGAAUCAGCUACACCACAAAGCUCUCCCCCUCCUGAGCCAACCACGCCCAAUCGAGACUCGUGGCCAGGCUGGUUAGNNGCUUUCUUUACCACAAUACUCAAAGACAUAGGUGUUCGCCAUCUCAGAGUCCUCGAGGUUUUUGGUGUUGACGACGAUGCUCUUGCCAUUUUGCCGAAACCAGUACACGCAGUCAUCUUCUUGUUCAAAUAUCAGGAGGACGGAACUGCUGAGCAGAGCCAAGAAAAGUCGUGUCCACCUCACGUCUGGUUCGCCAACCAAGUAAGCUAUUACUCCUGUGCUUCUUUUCUGACUCUAACACAUCAAGNNAUUCCUCAAUAUGCUUGUGGAACAGUGGCUUUGCUCAACAUCGUCAACAACAUUCCAAACCUGGAACUUGGUCAACCACUGGAGUCUUUCAAAAACUACACGCAAUCAUUUGAUCCUGUCGCAAGAGGUUAUGCCAUCGACAGCUUUGAUUUUGUUCGCAAGAUACACAACUCGUUUGCGCGGGAUACUGACAUGCUAAUCGUCGACUCUGCAAUGCACGACCGUAACGACAGAUUGAUGAAAAAGCAAAAGACCGAAGCCGCAACUGCCGCGAGAGUGGCCAAAGCAGCCGAAAGGGCUGCAGAGAAAGCUGCUGAAAAAGCUGCCAAAACAGAACCGAAUACACCGACAGUAAGGUCUAACCCCUCACGCAGAGCCAGAGCUAGCAAAUUGGUGGUCGCAGAAGAAGAAGAGGAACAGUCCGAAGAAACAGGCUUCCAUUUUGUUGCCUAUAUGCCAAUUGGUGAAGAUGUCUGGAAGCUCGAUGGUCUUGACUCCUUCCCGACAACUAUCGGGAAGAUUCCAUUUGGUCGAGACUGGUUAGACGUCGUUCAGACAUCACUCAGCGUUCGCAUGGCUCAGUACGAGGAAGGUCAAAUUCAGUUCAGCUUGAUGGCUGUGGUACAAGAUUCGGUCAUUGAAGAUCGUCGCGUUCUUGCUCAGAACGUCCUGUCACUACAGAAGCUUGAACUUCGACUCAACGAAGUAUUUCAGGAUUGGGGCAGCUACACUUCCCCAGACCUUGAAGAGGCUACUUUGUUUGACGAAAGUGAAGAGUAUGGGUUGACCAACGAGAUGAUUGCCAAGGCUGUUAUACAUGACAAAGUGGCACAGCAGCUCAGAUCCAGCUGCCCAGACAGCCUCUUGAAGGUACUACAAGAACUCAUGACCAAUCAGGCUGGUUGUCGAGCACAGGUACGCGACGCGCAACAGGCAGAGAUGAUGGAUGCAGAAGAGUCCAUGCACCGCAGACACGACUAUGGCUCGUUCGUCAAGGCAUGGAUGCAGGCACUAGUGGACAACGAAGCACUCAAGCCCUUAUUAGACGAAGAGCUGAGAUGA